AUGGGGAAUUGCUUGUUUGGAGGAGGUAUAGGUAUAGGUGUAGGAGAGGUGAAUGAAGUGCUAAUCAAAGUGGUAACUGGGAAUGGUGGCAUCAUGGAGUUUUGUGCUCCCAUCACAGUGGAAUUCAUCACCGAUGAGUUCCCGGGACACGGCAUUUUCAGAAGCCAUGAUCUCUUCUGGAAGCCGUUGGCUCACCACGAAGUCUUGCAAGCAGGUGAGUACUACCUCCUGCCGCUGGAUGACAAGGACAACGACAAGAAGAAAGGUAGCGUGUACAACAGUAUAAUUGGGCAGGUUGCUCAGAUAGGGCACAUAAGGUCAAACAGCGUUCCCCAAUCGAUGCCUGCAGUGCCGUAUAGGAUGUCGUUUGAUAGCCAAGGAUUUCUGAAGAGGUCACAUACCGAAGUAUUUCCACGAACCAAUAAUGAUCAGCUUGGUGGUUUUUGGAAAGUUAAGCUGGUCAUUAGCCCCCAACACUUGUUGGAGAUUUUGGCACAAGAGGCUCGUACCCAAGAGUUGAUCGAGAGUGUCAGAACUGUGGCUAAAUGCAGGAAUGGCUUCUCUACCUCUUCCAUUGGUUUUUCGGAUCAGUGGAGUCUUUCCAGCAGCAGAAAUGCCUCCUCAAAGAAAGAUGCCUUAUUUUUAGCAUUCUAA